CUUCAUUGGUACCAUACAGAGAAAAGUACACAAUAAAUGCUGAAGAGUUUACCUUCGACAAUCUCUAAAAAACGGAUUACUUUUAUCUCAACUACCCCUUCUUCCAACACCCACACAGCAUUCGACUAGAUUAGGAAAGACAUUCAGACAUUUUGUUUCGAUAAAAGUCUUUCUUCUUUAUUGGACCUAUAAGCAGUGUAAUCAUCGUUGGAUAGUACUCAGAAAAAUGAAGUGGCUGAGAACUGGGAUAUUCAUUAUUUUCUCUGUUCUUGCAUUUUCAGAUGCAAGGUCUCAUUCAAAUGGUGGCUGUCCAUACCGAAUGAAACCUAUACACUCCUUUUUCCAUGGCGUUGUGUGUGCACGGAGUAUACAUGACAUCAAUGAAGGAAAUUACAUCCAUUCAGUGGAUUUAAUAGACAGAAAAACGCUAGAAUCAGAGAAAUUAAAAAAUAAUCCAACGCUUUCUCCUUUGAAGAGCGAAGAUUUUCAAGUCUCAUCAGGUAACGAAUAUGUCAACCAAGAUCAUGCGACAUCAUCUAAAGAAAGCACACUCAGAGCCACCACUAAGGAUAAUGCUAUCGUAUCUACAAUCCAGGCGUCAAAAAAUGUAGCACAGAUAAGGGAAAAAGACUCAGUUACUGUUACUGAUAAUAUAAAGGGGAAUAGUAAAGGUUCUUCAGAAAAAAGUUAUGAUAAGGCAAGCAAAUCCUCAGAAAGGGCAUCCUUUGCUUCAACACCGACUAUAUUAAACGUAACCAAUGCUAGGACUCAGAAGAUACAGCCAACUAUCUCUACCGUGAACGACAGAUCUUCGGAAAGGUCCUCCCCAUUCAGAAAUAUCUUUUACACAACCACAUUUAGCAGUCAUGUAAAUAAAAAUGUGUUUUCAACAAAAACAUUAACUACGCAGAACAACAGAGAAAAAGCUUUAUUUUCGAAGGGAGAUGCGUCCGGUAAAAAUUCUAUUGUAGUAUCAGUUACGAAUGUGGAAGUUACACCAGGCGACGAAGAACUCUCAACAGUUUCCUCAGCUGAAAGAGUAUCUUCAUCCACAACGCAUUCUAUGGUCAAAACAGUCAAACUGGUUGAAUCAGCAGCCAUCUCAACUAAGGAAGAGGAACCAGAUGUUAUUAUAGAAGCAAUGUCAUUUACACAGGAGGAUGCGAACAUCAAAUCCAUAAAACUAGUCUUUUCAGUAGUAUUUCUAACCGUUGCUACCAUAUCAAUAGCUUUACUCGUUACUUAUAUGAUGAAGGUUAGACGGAGAUAUACCCAGUAUGACGAAGUUGUACUACUACCAUGAACCGAAGGUGCAAAAUCUUUACUAAGCAUUUUAUAAACAAAUAAGAUGUAAUCUUCUAUUAACUGUUUGUUUUUAAUUUUCAUAUAUUUUACGUAUUUUAGAGCUAGGUUAAAAGUUUACCAUGCCUAAUUGCUAAAUGUAACUAAUGCAUGUAAUUGUAAAACGUUUUCUUAUGUAACCUUAUAGAGGGGGGGAUAAUCCCUUUUUUAUUAUUAGGAUCAUUGGCGCAUUAAAAAAGCUACUUCUUCAGUUGAGAAGCUUUCAUAAAAACGUUGCGCACUAUUAUGGCAUGUAGGAAGAAAAAGGUCAAAGUUUCAGUAAACCUAAGUAAUUACUUAGAAUUUCAUCAUUUUAAAAAUUAAAUCUUGUACCAUUAUUAUGUAAACAAUUAUAUCAAUUAACGUAUUUUCAAAGGUUAAAUAUAUUAUAUUUUACAUGCCAGUGUCUUUUACAUGCCAUCUUAAUGUGUUAUAGUAAACUGCAGAUGAAUAGAUACUUAUUUCAACUGUGCAUAAGUUUGUGAAAGUAGAAAGAUAUGGCUUGAAUGCAUGAAUGAAUGCGCUCAAGCUAUUAUGUUACUGGGCAAUAAAACAUGAAAAGAAUCUUUUUGUAAGAUUUAUCGUUCGAAAAUAUUUUAAUUACCAGGUUUCCUAAAAAUUUCGCCAUAAAAUUUAUUUUUCUUAAAAUUAUUAUAUCAUGUGUAUUAAAAAAAGAUCUUUUAAUGA